AUGUCGACCCAAGCAUUGAUCAUCGACACAGCAGUAAAAUGGGAAAGGGCGGGCUUGUUCUACGUCUGUCGGAGAUUUCUGCUGCAAAGCCUUUACACCGAUCUACGACAUAUUUCUGACCCAACUGACGUCUCUUCCCUCCCUACGCCAGCGACACCAGCGCACCCGCAUGGGGAGCACAUCCUAUCACGCAGCUCGUCGAUCGAGGAGAUCAGUCUCCUUCCUAUCCCUGUCUCCGCAGACGGGAGCGGAUGGACAUUGAGGCGUCCACAACAUUCUCACAGUCUCUCUGACGGAGAUGCCUUGCAUAAUGCAAGAGCCGCAGGUGCAGGAGGGAUGUUGGAGAAGGUGCUCGAGACUGCUGCCAGUCAACUCACGCACAGUAACGUCUCCAGGGGUGUGUUCGGGACUGUGUUCGCAGAGACGGGCACUUUAUUCGUACUAGUGUUGUUCCAGGCGAUGGACAUCCUUCAUGAACCGUGCGUCUCUUUAAUCUUCCUAUACUACAUGGUCAUAGCGUCAACCAGUGGGAGAGUGAUGAAUUUCCGGGGUUCUCUGCUCGCCUCAUCCGCUCUCACCUUACUCGCAUGCCCUAUCCUCGAACUGCACCUGCUCACAUUCGGUCGUUCCAAGCCCCAUCUGCGCCCUACACCCCUGCGACUACUCAGCGUCUUCAUCCCCUUCCUUGUCUACGUCUUCUUGCUCUUCCAGAUCCCGCUUCCCCCGAUCCCCACACCGACGCUAUUCGAUUCCUUCCUCGCACGACUAAUCCUCUUGGGUGUCAUCAUCCUCUCCACUCUCUCUGCGAUUGCUUCUCUCCACGCGGCACACGCGCUUCUACUCGCCCUGCGCUCCGCGCCUCCUCCCAAACCCACGGAUAUCACCAGCCUCGAACAUUCGCUCGCACGCCUGCGGAACGACUUAGCCGAGCGAACAAGGGAACAAGAGCGCCUUGCCGAGGCCAGAGGAGAAGUGGGCUUCUGGAGCCGCUUUUUGGGCAAAGGAGCAAGGGAGGACAGUGCCCUCCGCGGUGAGGUGAGCGCGAUGCGGGUUUUGGAGGAGAAGAUGGGCCGAGAGUUGGAGGCGCUCAGGCUGAGGAAGGAAAGGAUGGAGUAUUCCAGGACGCUCAAGGGGAGGAUAUGGAACUUUGCGACUGCGAUCUUCGGUGUUUACUGUGCGAUCCGCAUCAUUUCGGUCGUGUCAAACCUCAUCCUCCCUUUCAUCCUGCACCGCAAUUCGUCCGCCGGCACCCGGCCUGAAUGGAACGUCCCAGAUAUCAUCACCUAUGUCCUGGCUCUGGCCGUUGCCCAUCUCCCUUUUGUAGACAAGUCGAGUGUAGACAUCCAACUUUUGGGAAGGCAGAUCAGCUUGGUCCUGGUCGGGGUGGUGGUGGGUGGCAACGUAAGGUUGAUUUUCAGGAAUAUGGCCAAGGUACUAAAAGUCUCGAGCCGCAAUAUGCUGGCCUCGUUCCUUCUCCUGAUCCUCUCCCAAAUCAUGGGCAUGUACCUGUUGUCCACCCUCGUACAACUACGAUCAUCAGUACCAAGCUCCUCGGCCAACACAGCAGAGCCACUAUUUGCCCUUCUCCCCCGCUUUGAAGUAUUUGGCAAGAUAUUCGACCUGACUUUCUUCGGGACUUGCGUGUGCUGGGGAGUGUGGAGAGCUGGAGCGUGGUUGUGGAUCGAAGGUUGAGCGAAUUCCGCAGUUGGACAGUUCGAAGGGAUGAUAGAUCAGAUUAGGACAGUAUGCAUAUGGUCUCAUGAUACUAAUGGUAGAUAAACUGGAGGGGAGGAAGCGUCAUGAUGCAUUCGUUCUCAGAAAUCUUGUACUCUGAUCCAAGAAUCUUCGACGUGAAUUUCAACGACCAGCGAAACAAACUUCUUCAGGAUUUUCGAUUGCUCUGGAGUGAAUGGCGGGCUUACAACCAUCUUCUGCAGACGGGAGCCCAUUUCAUCACGUCCUUUUGCGAUACGGAGGAGCUCAUCAGCCCAGAUCUUCCUAAAAUAACCGCCUGAGGGAUAUCGCCUAGACGUCCAAUCGCCUGCGCGGAUUUCGGUUAGGCAUGGGAGCCUCAUGGAGCCAUCUGCGUUUGUACUGGUUAUCAGGUCUGCAACUGAGGAAAUGUCAUUAUGUACAGCGACAAAAUCAACUCGGGUAAUCGUGGCGUGCGUGCGAAGCAGCUCUAGCUGAGCGGCCUUUGUUGUGCCCGACACUGAUGGCCAUAGUUUGACCAGACGGAGUGCUGGGAAGGUGAAGCGAGAGCGAAAUUCCAGGUUUCCAAAGUCGAAAAUUUGAACAUUGGGCAAAGUAGCAACAAAGGGAUCGUCGUCCAUGUUUUUGCGAUCGUCGAGGUACAUGGAAGCCACCCGUAGGUCCCGGAGGUUGGGCACCUUUGCCAGGAAUCCCUGAAGCGUCUUGGCGCUCCCGCAAUAUACGCGAUCCAGUUCGAGGCGAGUGAUGGAGGCGAGAACCGUUUCGCUUAUUUGCUGUGGCAAGCCAACAUCUGAGAGCUCCAGGGUAUGAAGCAUUUGGAUAUGCUUAAGCUCGUCUCCUUGCCAACGACCCUCAUUCCACUUGUCUCUGUGCUAUGGUUGGCAAAGUUCC